CUGCCCAGUUCAAAUCUAUCCAUCCUCAACAGCUGUAUCUAAACCUAACCAGUGAUGCAACUUGGCAGAGGGGCGGUCCACCACUGUGCCCCUCCCACCUAAGUUAAUGUAUGUGGAAGGCAAUACCCAGGUCUGUCAGGAGUCCCAAGGAAAUGCGUGUGCUACCCAGGAGCGGGUCAAAAAGUACACAUGGACUAAACUACCUGGCCAGCCACCACUAUCAUGCCGGGUCAUCCUUGGAUAGGUCAUUACCUGUUCCAACUAUACCUGGCUUUAGUUCUGCUAGAUUCAGGUGGACUAGAAGCCGAUCAACUGGCAUGGUGGCGGCAAGGGCUUCUUGUAAGCACUACAUAUCCUAAAGCAACACCUCCUCAAACUAUUGUCAAUGAAAAAGUACAAAUGCCCCCAAUACCUACCUGGACAGGCUCCAGUGACCCAUAUAGAAACCCUCCUUUACCCCUUAAAUAUUUUCAAAAGCGUGAUUUGUUACUUUCUAGUGAUUCUUCAGAUUGGAUUGAAAACAACGCACAAACUAUGAGUACUACUAAAGAAGACCUAAACCAACCAAACCAAACUGUUAAUUACAAAGCGUGCCUUUCACAUAAAGCAGAUUCCAGCUCAGAGUGUUCCACCCUAGCCAGACCUGCUGCAAAGCUCAUUUGCAGCUUAUCACCGAACCUGAGAAUAUCAAGGUUGCUCUUCCAUUCUUCCUUCCCUUCCCGUUGCUGGAGCCCCUCUUUAGACUGUCCUCCCUCCAUUCUUUCUCCCAUUCAAAUACAUAAUCUAUUAAGUAACAUCAGUCAGCUGUGCGAGAAUGCCGCAAGUGAUGUUUUGUGUGAAAUCAACAGUGUAAAUGCGCAGAUAGAGCGUGUGGAACACGUGCUAGAAAGUGGUUAUUGUAUGACGUCAUCACGGACAAAUUAUACUCAACAAUACCAAUCAUGUGAUCUACUUGAAGAGAAUCCAGGGAUAUCCACACGAUGUAAAAACUGCAAACAAUGCAAGAUGCUAGUGGUUAGCUGGAUAUGUAUGAGUAUGUGGCCCCUGUGGCUUGUCGGUCACGCCAUCCGUCCGUGUCCUGGGGUUUGUAGCUUAAUCCAGGAGUACUGUCCGUUUCAUGUUAUUCUGGAGGAUCCCAGUGCCGCAGGAGGAGAUCCAACAUUCCUCUGUGAAGAUCCUGUGAUUUCUGAAAACCGGAACAUGCUGUCCAGUCCACAGUGCUGCUCUGUGCCAGUUAAUAUGAGCGAAAGCUGGUCAGCUGACCAUCCCCCCGGGGAGUUGUUAGAUCCCCCGGCGGGGGGCUACGUUGAUCUGAAUGCAAGCCACUGUUCAGCACUGCUCACCAAUACCACGCCAUUCUGUGAUAAGAGUUUAAUAAGACUUUCACUUGCAAACCAAACUUUAACGUUGAGACAAGUUCCGGUCCAGUAUGUUGAAACCAGUUUUCUAGACAAAAUUCUUGCAGAACUGUUCACAGCUGAAUCAGGAAGCCACCACCACGUGCAGUCCCAGUUUCUCCUCCUGGUGUGUAUUUUGUGUACCAUGAGAGUGUACACUAUACCGGGGAGCUAGUCUACACUACAUACAAUCCUUGUGGUAUUAGUUAAAUUUAUAAAUAGGUGAAAAGGGUAGGUCACUAUUGAAUUAAUAGUCUGCCAUUAUAUUGACUUUUAAUUGGUGGAAAAUAGUUUUUGACAAUGAUUGGAAAAAUAACUUUCUGUUAAAAAAUUUAGUUUUUUAUCAUAAAGCAGCAACUCUGAGGUUUACUGAAAUUCAUAUAUUUUUAAGUUAACAAACUUCAUUUCUUAGAACUUUUGGAAUUUCAAUACAAUAAAAAGGUUUUA